AUGGGAAUGAGCUGCUGGGUUGGAAGCCACACCGACGCUGCCAGAGGUGAGAUUAACUGCUUGCAGUGUCAUCCAUCAGUGCCCAGAAGUGUCACCCAGCAGUGUCGCCUGUCAGUGCCCAGCAGUGUCGCCCAGCAGUGCUGCCCAUCAGUGCCACCCAUCAAUGAUGCCCAGCAGUGUCGCCUGUCAGUGCUGCCCAGCAGCGCCACCUGUCAGUGCCCAGUAGUGUCGCCCAUCAAUGAUGCCCAGCAGUGCCGCUGAUCAGUGCCAUCUGUCAGUGCCUCCAGAAGAGACAGAAGUGUGCAGUCCAGUCAUCUGUCAGUGCUG